AUGGCCGAAGUAAAGGGACCGAUCGACAUCUCGUCGAGCUCUAAGAAGAGCAUGGACGGUUCUGGAGAGAAGCAUCUCGACGCCGACGAGAUGCGGCUGGCGCAGAUGGGCCAUACGCAGGAAUUGAAGCGCCAUUUCAGCACCCUUAGUCUCAUCGGCCUCGCGUCAACAACAACCAUCUCAUGGACGGGUCUGGGCCUGGGCCUCAUCACGGAGAUCAAUGCUGGUGGACCCGGUGCGGUUAUCUACGGCUUCAUUCUCGUGACACUGUUGCAAUGUUUCUUGGGCGCGUCGCUGGCGGAGUUUGUGUCAUCGUACCCUACUGAGGGUGGCAUGUACCAUUGGAUUGCUGCUGUAGCCCCUAGGAGAAUGACGGGCGUCUUGAGUUUCUUCACUGGAUGGUUCAGUGUGCUUGGCUGGAUUUUCACGACCGCAUCGACGAACUUGAUCUACGCUCAAGUCCUCAUGGCGUUGAUUGCGCUUUACCAUGAGACUCUUGAGAUUCAGGCCUGGCAGACUUUCAUCGUCUAUCAAGGCCUGAACCUCAUCACCGCCGGUAUUGUCAUGUUCGGCAACAAGAUUAUUCCUGGCCUGAACAAGUUUUCCCUCUUUUACCUACAGAUUGGCUGGUUCGUGGUCAUGGUUACAGUUGCUGCAUGCGCGCCGACCCAUCGCAACGCCGAGUUUGUGUUCAAGACCUGGAUCAACAACACUGGCUGGGAGAACCAGGUGAUUUGCUUCAUCACGGGUUUGGUCAACCCCUUGUACAGUCUUGGCGGUCUUGAUGGUGUGACGCACAUCACGGAGGAGAUGCCUAACCCUUCCCGAAAUGCGCCCCUGGCCAUUGCCAUCACUCUUGGAAUUGCGUUUGUCACGGGUAUCACCUACCUGAUCACCCUCAUGUUCUCCGUGCAGGACUUCGAUGCUCUCUCCACUACCAACACUGGUCUUCCCCUUGCAGAGCUGUUCCGCCAGGUCACUCAGGGUGCCGGUGGAGCCUUUGGCCUGACUUUCAUCCUCUUCGUUGCUCUCGGCCCCUGCGUCGUCAGCUCUCAGCUGAGCACUGGCCGUGUUUUCUGGGCCUUCUCCCGUGAUGGAGCGAUGCCCUUCUCAAGACUUUGGUCAAGAGUCCACCCCAAGUGGCAAAUCCCCUUAAACUCCCAACUGGCCGUGACUGCCAUUGUCGCCGCCCUAGGAUGCCUUUACCUUGGCUCGUCCACGGCUUUCAACUCCCUGCUGGGAACCGCGGUCACUAUCAACAACAUUUCGUACAUGUUUCCAAUCUUGACCAACUUGCUCACGAGAAGAAAGAACAUGCAUCGUGGAGUGUUCCACAUGGGAGCUACCUGGGGACCCAUCAUCAACACUAUCACGGUGUGCUGGCUUACUUUCGCCAUCGUGUUCUUCUCGUUCCCGUAUGUCAUGCCUGUUGAGCCCGCCAACAUGAACUACACCUGUGUUGUCGUCGGUGGCUUGACUGUUCUCGUUGGCGCAUGGUGGUUCAAGGCUGGGUCGAAGUACAGCGAGAAGAUGCUUCAGGCCAAGGAGGAGUAA